AUGACUGAACCCGUGAAAAGAAAAGUUGUAAUAGUAGGAGAUGGUGCCUGUGGAAAAACAUCAUUGCUAUAUGUAUUCACACUUGGCGAAUUUCCUACAGAGUACCACCCUACUGUAUUUGAAAACUAUGUGACCGAUUGUCGAAUUGACGGUAAAGCGGUCCAGCUUGCCCUAUGGGAUACUGCUGGUCAGGAAGAAUAUGAGCGGUUGAGACCAUUGAGCUAUAACAAUUCACACGUCAUAUUGAUCGGGUUUGCAAUUGAUGUACCGGAUUCACUUGAAAAUGCAAGAACGAAAUGGGUAGCAGAAGUUCAAAAAUACUGUACGGGUGUCCCCUACAUUUUGGUAGGAUUAAAGAAAGAUAAACGAAAAGACAGAAGUAACUUAUAUGUACAGACGCCACAAGGAGAGGCUGUUGCGAAGCAAAUUGGAGCAAAAAUGUACUUGGAAAGCUCUUCACUUACGGGCGAAGGUGUUGAUGAUAUAUUUGAAGUUGCUACGAGAACUUCUUUAUUAGUACAAGAAAAGGAGAAGAGUUCAUGUUGUAUAGUAAUCUAA